AUGAAUAUGAUGGUGGUUCAAAAGAUUUUGUUUAGAGGGCCUGAAAUCGAUGAAAGGCAACGAAACAACUUGUUCCAUACUAGAUGCAAGAUAGGUGAGAAGACUUGUAAUGUAAUUGUUGAUGGAGGUGAACAAACCGAUGUAAUCUCUUUUGAAGCCGUAAGUAAGUUGAAGCUUACUACUAGAGAUCAUGAUGAGCCUUACAAGUUGAAUUGGUUGAAUGAUGGCACAAGAGUUAGACUGAAGAAGCAAGCUUUGGUGACAUAUUCCAUCGGCGGCUUUGAAGACGAGAGGAGUUCCAAAUACAAAGAUGGCAAGAGUAAUGUGGUGGCUGAUGCAUUGUCUCGUCGAAACUACUUGCUUCCCAUGGUGGAUGCUAAGAUUUUGGGUUUUGAACAACUAAAGGACUAUUACAAGGAUGAUCCCGACUUUUCUAGCGAGAUAGAGAGUCCUACCAAGGAUUUUGUGUGGCAAAAUGGUUAUCUCUUUAAAGGCGAACACUUCUACUGGCCUAAAAUUAUCAAAGAUGUGACUCAUGUGGUUGAGAGAUGUGCUACUUAUCAAAAGGCUAAGGGACCCUUCACUAAAGGUCUCUACACUCCAUUGACGGUCCCAGAGUCUCCAUGGGAAAGUGUUAGUAUGGAUUUCAUUGUGGAGUUGGCACGAACGCAAAGGGGAAUGGAUAGCAUCAUGGUAGUAGUAGAUAGAUUCUCUAAGAUGGAAAAUUUUGUAGCUUGUAAUAAAACUGAUGAUGCAGUGAAAGAAAGAUUUCCUAAGUUACGCAAAAACAAGCUCAUGCCUCGUUCUAAUGGUCCUUACAAAAUUAUUGAGAGGAUCAAAGAUAGUGCUUACAAAAUUGAGCUUCCUGAUAAGCUGAUGGGUGUGAGUGCUACUUUCAAUGUUGGGGACCUAUCUCCUUACUUGGAUGAUAUAUGUUUGAGGUCAAACUUUUCUCUAGAAGAGGAGAAUGGUCCAAGAUCAAGCAACCCACUUAGAAGCUCCAUGGAUCAAGAACCGAUUUCCCUUGUUUUAGAAACUCUUGGAUUUAGUCCAUUUGCUCUCAAGCCCGAAUUUGUCACUUUGCUCACUUGGAGAUCACUUGAAGCCCACAAAGGAGUGUUAUCUAUGUGUUCGAGCCUAUCUGUUCGAGAGCACGACCAAUAUCCCGAAGGAAUAAAAAAACCAUAUAACAUUUGGCGCCUUCUGUAUGGAUACUCGUUCGUUAUGGCAUUAGAUGGUCAGAAAACUAACACUGGUCCUGAUCCUGGUCAGGACGGACACGUAGAGAAUUUAAUCGCAACAAUCAAUACUAGUGAUCCUCUAACUACCUUAUUCCAUGAGGCCGAGGAUCCUCUAGCGACUACUAGUUCUCUCCAAGAUGCCUUUAAUAAGCUUCGAAGAGAGCUUGAGAGUAAGAUGCCUUCUAGUUCUAGGCAGCAGCCCAGGAGGGAAGGAGAAGGCCCUUAG